GGCAUCCGUACACCCAUUGUUCUCGCUCCUAUGGGAGGCGCAAGCGGUGGUCUUCUUGCGAGCCAAGUCUCGCUAGCCGGAGGCUUCGGUUUCAUGGUCCCAGUUCCAGGGCACAAUAUUGCACAAUGGAAGGAACAACUCACCAUCGCACGCAACGCCUUCUCCACCGCCAACGCCACCCACAAAUCCAUCUCCUCUCCCCAGAUCCCACAAAUCCUCCCCGUCGGCGCCGGAUUCCUCGGCUGGUCAAUGGACGCCCAAUUAGCCUCCGCGUCCCAAUCCCAACAGUCCCAAGGCACCAACCCAUCCAACCCCUUCCUGCAAGCCGCUCUCGACUCGCGUGUUCGGGCCAUCUGGCUCUCCUUUGGGAGCGACCUCAAGAAAUGGAUCGACGUCGUGAGGGCACACGACGAAGCCGCGGCUGAGAAACAUGGUCAAGAGGGAAAUCGGACGCUCAUAUUCGUGCAGGUGAAUUCGGUGGAGGAGGCGGUCGUGGCGGUCAAAGAAUGGGGUGUGGAUGUCGUUUCUUUGCAAGGUAUCGAAGCAGGUGGCCAUGGUUCCGCCACAGCCCCACCCCUUCAGUCCCUCCUAACCUCCACCCUCUCCGCCCUCUCUGCUCUCCCUUCUCCCUCCUCCAGCACACCCCUUCUCGCCGCAGGCGGCCUCACCCACGGUUCCCAAAUCGCACCCCUCCUCACCCUCGGCGCAUCCGGUGCAGUCCUCGGCACGCGUUUCCUCGCCUCUCCCGCGUCUUUGUAUUCUCCGGCCAAGAAACGGGCUAUCCUCGCCGCGAAGGGGACUGAGUCGGAGAGGUCGUUUGGGUUCGAUUGGUUGCAGGGAAGGGUGGGGUGGCCGAAAGGAGUGGAUGGGAGGGGGUUGAGGAUCCCGGCGGUGGAUGAGCUGAAGAAGUUUGAAUCGAAAGGAGAUGCAUUGGCAGAAGGAGAGAAGGAGGAAAUAAGGAAGAAGUUUCAAGAGGCUGAGAAGAGAGGGGAUGAGGAGGGUCUGGUUGUUUGGGCGGGAACCGGAGUUGGGAAAGUCAACGAAGUGGUGGACGCGAAGGAUAUCGUGGAGGAGCUGCACAGAGACAUCGUGGCGAGCCUUCGGGCAAGCGGGUCAGCUAUUGUAUCUGAUGUGUGAGCUCGUACUUGUGUACUGUCCGUAUGGUGUACAUCUAUCAUCUCUAAUCCUCUGAAUGUCGAUGAACUGGUUAUUGUG